AUGAAGUUUCUUAUGCGGGUGGGUUUGGAUUUCAUGCAGACAUGGGACCCGAUUGACAAUAAGAAGUUCGAGACUCUGUCCUACCUUCCUCCCCUCUCCGACGAAUCGAUUGCGAAGGAGAUCGAUUACAUGCUCAAGAAGGGCUGGAUUCCCUGCCUCGAGUUUGAUGCGGUAAGCAAAACCAACCCAGAUCAACAAAUUGCAUAA